GGCCACGUGACCCCGAGCGGCGGGGCCGCGCCCGAGCCGCCAUGGCGGCGGUUCCUACAGAUUCCGGUUCGCGGCCUGCAGCGGGCGCCCGGUUUUUCUGCACCGCGGGCCGCGGCCUGGAGCCCUUCCUGAUGCGGGAGGUGCGGGCGCGGCUGGCGGCCACGCAGGUUGAAUAUAUUUCAGGAAAAGUUUUCUUCACCACCUGUUCUGACUUAAAUAUGCUGAAAAAAUUAAAAUCUGCAGAAAGAUUAUUUUUGCUGAUUAAAAAGCAGUUUCCACUUAAUGUUUCUUCUGUAAGUAAAGGAAAAAUAUUAAGUGAGAUACAGAGACUUAUAAAUGAUGAUCCAGAAAGUUGGUUGAAUGCCAUCUCAACUUGGAAAAAUCUUCUUGAACUUGAUGCAAAAAAGGACAAACUUUUUCAAAGAGCUGCUAACCCACCAAAAAGAAAAGUGGAGGAAAAUGAGAUCAUCAAUGCUAAGAAAUUAAAAACAAAACAAUUGCAAGUGUUACAAGAGAGUGGGGAAUGCUCGCUGGAAAAGCAAACAGAAGAAGAAACACAGGAGCAAGGAGAUUUUCUCACUGAAAGAGAAAAAUCUCAAGAAGCAUUUCAGAACGAUGUAGUAAAAGUAGCUGAUGCCAAAAACCAGAAAAACUUGACGUUCAGAGUUUCCUGUCGCUGCAGUGGAGCUAUUGCAAAGACCUUUACUGCACAGGUACACUUACCUCCCAAGGAGGUAGGAAGAAUAACUGGAAUUGCUCUUAUGAAACAGUUUGGAUGGAAAGCAGAUUUGAGGAAUCCAAAUUUAGAGAUCUUCAUACAUCUAAAUGACAUUUACUCUGUGGUGGGAAUCCCUGUGUUCAGGAUUCCUUUGGCCAGCCGAGCUUACAUCAAGACAGCAGGCCUGAGGUCUACCAUAGCAUGGGCACUGGCCUCUCUGGCUGAAAUUCAGGCUGGUGCAUUUGUUUUAGAUCCAAUGUGUGGACUCGGAACAAUACUUUUGGAAGCUGCUAAAGAAUGGCCCGAUGUAUAUUAUGUGGGUGCUGAUGUCAGUGACUCACAGUUACUAGGUGCAUAUGACAAUCUGAAAGCUGCAGGCCUUAAGAAUAAAAUUGAGUUACUUCAAGUUUCUGUUAUAGACUUGCCAUUGCCUUCAGAAAGUGUCGAUGUUAUUAUUUCUGACAUUCCAUUUGGGAAAAAGUUUAAGUUAGGGGAAGACAUCAAAAGCAUUCUACAAGAAAUGGAGAGGGUGCUUCACGUUGGCGGAGCCAUUGUAUUGUUGCUUAGCGAAGAGCACCACAGGCGCCUUAAAGAUGGCGAACAGAGCAGCAUCCCUUUGAGUUCCGAGGGCAGCCACACAGGUGAACCUUCAAUCAAAAAGUGCUUGAAGCCUGGAGGAAAAACUGGCACAUCAGAGACAGUGUCAUCUUCAUUCGAAGCCAGUAGCCAGGAGUGCUUAGACAAAACACCACCCUUUGGCUCUUUAGUGCCAGUGGAAUGCCACAAAGUUAGCCUUGGGAGAACGGAUGCAUUCAUAUGCAAAUAUAGGAAGUUGCACUCUUUGGGACUCUAGCAGCCUCGCCACUGCAAGCCGGUUGGAGUCCUCGCGUGUCACGUGUCAGCCAGCCGUACAGCCGCGAAGGUAGUUGUCAUAGGAUCUUGAUGGGGCCACAGAGUUCCAGGGAAGCAGACUCCCCUGGGGUCAGGAGGCCUGGCUGCUGGACGAGUUCCAGCUUCAUUCUGGAAAGAGCUGAAAGUUGCCAAAGACCGGUGAAUGAAUACUCCUACUAAAGAACUCUCAAACUUUGAAUUCUGUUGGAAUGUGAGGAGUUGUGCCCCGCCUGCAGUUUCUGAGAAGGAGCUGCAACUUGGAACACAAAUUUUCAGAGGUUCACAUAAAGUAUAUUGCACUCAUCACAAGGUUGAUGAUAUUUUAACCAUCAGAGUUUUUAAAAAAAAAUUUUUUUUUAACAUUUCUAUUUAUUUUUGAGAGACAGAGAGCGAGGGAGACACAGAAUCCAAAGCAGGCUCCAGGCUCUGAGCUGACAGCACGGAGCCCGAUGCGGGGCACUCACCAACCGUGAGAUCAUGACCUGAGCCAAAGUCGGUCUGAGCCACUCAGGCACCCCCAACUAUCAAAGUUUUUUAAAUGUGGAAACUUUGAUGUGUUACUUCUUUUGAUAUUAAACUUAAUUUUUAAGCCGGUAAUUUUCUUCUCCAUUGGAAUGAAAAUAAUUUUUAUUUGCAAUACCUUUUAUAUG